UGUUUGUAGGCAUCACAUGAUUUGGGGGAAUUCCCUACACCCUUCUGCCAGUGCUAAAAAAGCAGCCAUCUUAAUAAAUUUAUCAAUCCUGUGGGCAAUGCAGGAUUUUUCUUUUUAAUUUGUUCAAACAUUGCAUUAAGUCGACAUCAGUAUGCCAAAAAAGAAACAGAGGUCUAAACAAAAUGGCAGAGAGCUUGACAGCAUUACCCUGAGUAUGGAAUCGGAUGAAUCAUAUCCAGGACUUCCAAGAAGACCAACUUUACAGACCUCAAAAUACUAUAAACUUGUUCUGAAGAAGAGAAGAACAUAUCUUAUAAACAAUUUGGACUUGGAAUCCCAUGUUAUUCUUCUGGAUCAUCUUGUAGAAAAUGAUGUUAUUACUAAAGACCAGUAUGAUCACAUCAAAGACAAAAAAGGGAGGGAAAGAGUUGCUAAACUUUUGGAUGCACUCUCCAUGAAAGACACACAGGCCUUCUUUGCCUUUUUAAACUUACUGAGAGAAACUGGAGAUGACUUUAUAGCAGAUGAACUGAUUGAUUUGUGCCAACGAAAUAAUCUUUCCAUUCCAGUUGAAAUGAAACCCUCACAUAUACAGAAUCAUCAGCAAAGUAUGCAUACCAGUACUAGUACAAGCACAGAAUUUAGUAGCUCAUAUUUUGUAAGUUCACAGGAAUCUGGUGGACCUAUUCACGAGACUGUUCGCCGAAGACACCCAAAAGCUGACAUGCAGAAUCCCUCAACCAGGGCUGAUUUUCCUCCUAGUCAUGUGCACAUACCUGAGCCAUUCUCCAGUCCUACUGGCUAUCACAAACCCCCUGAUAUAGUUGAUGACUUUGUAACAUGUCAGCAUGGCAGGGCACUUGCUAUAUGUUUUUACUGUGUUCCUGAUCAAUCUUUCCUAACACGGGGUUUGAGAAUGAUAAAUGAUAAUCGCAGUGUCAACAGUUGUGGGGACUUUAAAGGGAUCAAGAAAAGUGACCAGUAUUCCUGGAUUAGACCCUUCUGA